GCGAGACACAACAUUCGAUGGCGUUUGACCAAGUGGACGCGCUCAAGCAUGCGGUGGCCGUGCAUGUGGAGACGCAGAAGUCCAAGCACUCCAUCUCCAUCGCGCCGUUGACGUCGAAGAGGUCCCAACAGGUUGUGUACUUGAACGCAGGUGGGCCAGUGUGGGCAGUCGAUUGGUACCAGCCUCCUUCGACGCCUUCCACGUCGUACAUCGCGUUGAGCGCCCAUCCUACGGUGUCCUCAGCCAACGGCGACGUAGUCGUGCCGAAUCAUUCGUACAACGAACGAUACGACGGUGGGAACGUGGUGCAGAUCUGGGCCGUGUCAGCCAAGUCGAAGCAACACAGCAGUUCGCUGGUGCUGUCGAUCCCGCACAACGGCGCGUUCGCGUGGAGCCUCAAGUGGGCUCCCCAUGUCUCUGCCUGUCUCCCCACCAUCGGCCUGGGCGUGCUGGCGGCGGCGUUGGGAGAUGGUACGUUGCACCUGUAUCGCAUGCUCCACGACCAGUCGUACUCGAUGGUGGGCACAUAUCAAGACCCACACAGCUCGCUUUUGUCCAUCUCUUGGUCCCGCACACAUCCGUACAUGUUUCUCACUGGUCGAGUUGACGGUGCGAUACACAUGUGGAAUGUGCAGGAAGCCCUGGAAGCAAGCAUCAAUGAUCUGGUCACAACCCCGUCCUCGCUAGCUCCGCACCGUCGGUACGAAGACGCUGAUUCAACAUCCAAGCAACCGCGGCAUCACUGGGGCUGUGGAUGGGUCGCCGUGCGGGAGAUUGCAUGGAGUGCGCACGAUCCGCACCUGUUUUGCACCAUGGGAAAUGACACGACGCUUCGUAUCUGGGAUAUCCGGGAGCCCCGCGCCUGCCUCCGGGCCCACCGCCUCGUGAACUUCACAUUUGGCUUGGCCUUAUUGUGGCUCAACCCGACUACGAUCUUUGUAUCGACAGAUCAAGGCUCGAUCUUUGGAGUGGACCCCCUGACUGGUAUGCAGCGGCUAUUGCUCGCACAUCCCCAUUUGGACAGUCCUGUGUGGUCUUGUGCGUACUUGCAAACUAAAGUCGGCAACAUUCCCGUCAUGUUGUCUGCGUGUGCAAGUGGGUCCAUUCUUCAAACCCGCCUCGAUCGCCUUAGCACCAAGCGAAGCUGCCCGACUUUGUUUGCCCAGCUGAAAACCAUAUCCCCCCAACACCUGAGCGUGUCAUUUGAGAAAAUCGCGCGGAAAGCCAACGCCGGUAGCGGCAAGCGGACGUUCCCUGACCGCAACUUGGCCAUCCAUCGCGUGCUGUUUUCACCUGAUGGGUCGCAAAUGAUGUGGGCUGGGGUCACGGGGUUGGUGGGCAUCGCGCCGUACGAGUAUGAAGUACCCCGUGUUGCCAGCGGCAAAACCAUUGGCCGACCACGCAAGUACGACAUCAACUCGAAAGAAGGCCGACGGAAGAAACCACUCAAGUAUGCCAAGGACAUCAAAGAAGAAGUGGACGACGAGGAUAGCAGCACCAGCAGCCAAAGCGACGACGGCGACUUGGACUUGUCCGAUGGUAACAGCAGCGGUGGCGAAGAUCGCGUCCAAGUGCAAGGAAAGAAGCGAGCGGCCAGGGUCGUUGUGAGCACCCGAAAGAAACCCAGGGUGUCAUAUGUGGAACCAGAAGAUAUCGACACAUUCGCGCAAAGUAUUAGCGAAGAUGGCGACGGAGAAGAGGCCCCCCUACUGACAAGCAAAAUACAAGCUAUAACCCCAUCAGCAACCGCGCCACCCAAGCGCGGCCGCCCCAAGAAGCUAGUACCCAUGAAGAAACGAGGUGGGGUGAUGACAGGUCCUCUGGACGCGCAUAUCGUCAAGCAAGGGGUUCCAGAGGUAGUUGCCGCAGCGGAGGUCACAGACGCGACCCCAUUGAAAACACGGCGCCGCGUAGCUAUGAAGGCACUGCCGCCGUCACCGUCGAUCGAUUUAACUGGCAAGGAACCAGCUGAUGGAAAGUCAGCCAAACGAGCCCAAACAACGAAGGCGUUGGCUGCUGGUGCUGCUACCCCUUCUAGAGGUAAAAGCACGGGAAAGGGAGCUGCCGUGGCUCCUAGGGGCAAAAGCACGGGAAAGAGAGCUGCCGUGGCUAAACAACUGGCCAUCCCCGCAGCCAAAGUGGUUGCACAGCCACUUGCUCCAGAAGUAGAUGCGAUCGGCGAGGACGCUAAACAAGUGCCAGCUAAAUCGACGACCAAGGCUGUGAAAGCCACAAAGAAGGCUCCCGUUGCUCCGAAACUCUCUGGGAAACACAAGGCGAAACCAGCCGUAGCCACGAAACUAACAAAGCCACGAGGAAGAGCAAAUCCACCGACCCCCACCACCGCGAGCCCUAGCAGCAAGAAAAUGGUGCAAACCACACUCCAACUCGUGAAAAAGGAGCCAAAACCAACGGCUGCCGUGGCGACGACUACUGAACUAGACUCUGCAACUUCUGCAGCAACAAAGCUGCCUUGUUUUACCUUUGCGGUGGGCCAAGUCGUGCAAGUAGCGGCUCGCACGAAUCCAGGCAUAAACAAGUUGGGCGGCGCCGGGUUCGUCAAAGCCAUCUAUCCAAAUGAUGGGACUGUGGAUGUCAAGUAUGUAUUGGGCGGGCAAGAGCGAGGCGUGCCCGUUGCGUACGUAACGGCCGAGGUCACCCCAACGAACGACAUGCCGGUGAAGCGGCAACGGCGAUGUUAACAAGAUAAAUGACAAUGGAACUCCAAUGUGUUUGGGGAACAGUGGG